UAGUGGUUUGUUCUGGGUAGGUUGUACGUAUCAUGGACGACGACGACAAAGCUGUUGAGGAUGCCAUUGUCCCCAUCCUCACUUGUGCUCUUCAGCUCGGCGAGGAUGCGGUUCGCAUUUUCAACGACAUCUGGAGCAGGCCACCAUGGACGGGGAAGCGUGUGAUAGAUGACAUUUUUGAGUGUGGCAUAGAGGAUGACAGCGCAUCCCGGAAGAGACGUAGGUGUACCAGUUGGCAAUGGCCCGCCAUAGUGAACGUUUGUGAUGUCAUGCCUCGCAAUCCACCUCGUUGGUGGGUAAUGCGUCGCACAGGUGGUGCGUGGAAGGACCUCGAGGUGACUGACGAUGCUGAAGAUGACUACUACGUCACCCUGUUGCGCAUGCGUAGAUCUACCUUCAACCGCCUUCUUCGUGUGCUCGCACCGCAUCUGGAGAAGCAGGUUACCAGGUUCGGUACGUACGAGGAGCGGCAUCGUCGGAUGCAGAAGUUCGCCGCGCUUGGUUUUCCAAACUGUUGGGGGUGCAUUGAUUGCACUCAUGUUUUCGUCGACAAACCUAAGAAGAAAGACGGAGACGACUUCAUGGGCGGUCUCAAGCGAAGGUUCUCCAUCGUGGCACAGUUGGUGUUCGAUACGGACUUGCGCAUUCUUGACCUGUGUUAUGGAUUUCCGGGUACUGUUGCCGACGGCCGAGUCCUGCGGAAUUCAUCUCUGUGGCGGAGGGCCGUGUCGGGGGAGCUGUUUUCAGCGGACCCUGACGACCCGACCAGGCACUUGCGUCCCGAAAUUCCCGGAGUCCCGGGUGGAUAYCUGCUUGCUGACGGUGGGUAUCCCACAUUGGCUUGGCUCGUGGUCCCGUAUGGCCACARCUAUGUGGACCCGCACACCAAAMUUUUCGAUAGUCGACACAAGGUUGUUCGCUCACUUGUGGAGCGGGGCAUUGGCCUCUUCAAAAUGCGGUUCCAGUAUUUCUACAGGCCGCAUGUGUGUGAUUUGAAGAUCGAGGGGGAUGAGUUUUGGGCUGCUUGUAUAGUGCACAACCUGCUUCAGGAGUGGGGUGAUCUUCCAGAGGAGUACGUGCAGCCACCAGAUGUCGGGAGUGGAACACAACCUCUGCCCAGUCGUGCGGUGGCAGGAGAGUUGCAUGCUGUGCGCCAUCUCUGGACUAGGGAGCCUGGGGUGCAGGAUGGAGGAUGCAGCUCGUCGAAGGGUUUGGGGAGCAAGGGGGCGGAUGAACAAGUGGACGAGAUUGUGCAUGGUGCGCAAAGUCUGAGAGAUGCCCUUUUCAGUGCGCAUCAGGAAUUGCAGGUCCUACAUCGAUUCCUUGUUAAGCGAGGAGAUGAUAUCACGGUAGUUGUGAAAGACGAAGAGCAGGAAUGGCGAAGGGAGCAUAGCCAUAGCCAUUACUGUGCAAGAAGAUGGUGCAAGGCGGUUGGCAGACGACUGCGGCAAUCUCGCCUCAAUGUUUGUAACUGGUGCAACGAUGUCGUCGAUAAGCUGUCCUUGUGGAGGAGUGAAUACAUGACAUUUACGAAGGGGAUUAAUGCGUUGAAGGACCGCAAUGAGGAGCUGCAGUGUCAGAUCGAGAAAGCGCGCGAGCAGCAUGCGUAUCUUGAGACACAGUUGCAAGAUGCCAUCGCCGCCAUGGAAGAGGAGCGUGAUCAACGGGAUCUCGCAUGGCACUGUUGCGAUGAGCAAUUCGGAGAGAUGACAUCUGCUGGGCCGUGUGAUGUCGACGCCCUGGCGGAGGAUGUGAAAGCUGUCACGCUCCAGGAUGAAGAACACGUGGCGACGUGCGACAGCUGCAAGUCCUUGCAAACGAAAGUCGAAGACCUCGAAGCGAAGCUGGAGGGUGUGAAGUGGGUGAACGCCCUGCUGCAGGAACUGCCAUCGUUCUGGGAUGAAGUCUUUGGCUAAGAUCAGCGUCACAGCGGCAGUGUCACAUUUGGGUUU